UCAUGAUGUCAAAAACAACAACAAUUGCUAACACAAGGGCAGAGGUGCAGCGAGCUCGUCUAGGCUCUGCUCUAAGAACAGCCUUAGCAUGCACCAUAGUAGGUUGCAUCUCCCUCUAUGGCCCUGCACCUCUCCAACGCUACCUCAAAUUCCCAGCUUUCUCUUAUAUGACAACAAUCCUCAUAGUGUCCGAUGCAACACUUGGUGACACCCUAAGAGGUUGCUGGCAUGUCCUUUUAGCAACCCUUCAUGUUAUGAUCCUCUCCUUACUUAGCCUUCAGGUCAUAGGACCUGACAACUUCACCAACGGAGUCGCUGCCCUGGCGGUGGCAGCUAGUGCUUUUGUGGUUGCGCUGCCGGAAUCAACCCACUUGCUGACUAAGCGAAUUGCAUUUGGACAGCUAGUGAAUGUUUAUGUAAGCACAGUGAUAUAUGGUGGACAAGAAGGAGUGGCCAUGCACCCAAUUCAAGUGGCAUGCUCUACAGCCCUUGGAGCUCUUGCUUCUGUCCUGGCCAUGUUGGUCCCAUAUCCUCGCCUUGCAUAUUAUGAGGAAAGGAAGUUCUAUCGAUUAUACAAAGAGAAUACUUCUGAGAGGUUAAACUGCAAUAUAGAGGCCAUCUCUGCCUCAGACAACUCAGCUGCUGUUGGUUUCUUAACUCAAGCCAAGUUCCUCUCCACAAUGGGAGCCAAGCUUCUCGAGAAUAUCAGAAGUAAACUGGAUGGCAUGCAUUGGGAACGGCCACAAAAGAAAAUUUUCAAUCCCCAUUAUGUUGACAGAGAAGAAGAUCUGCAAGACUUGGAGAUACCACUAAGAGGGAUGGACAUUGCUCUAUCAAGUUAUACUUCUUUUCCUGUUGGUGUCAUUGAUGAUGAGCUCAGAGGUGUCUUGCUCAAAUGCAAAGGACACUUCAGCCAAAAGUUAGAUCAGCAAGCUAAUUGUUUUGCUGCUGCUGAUGCAACGAAAACUUCAGAGAUUAAAAAAGAAAUUUUGAACAAAAACCUAACCAUAGCCUAUAAAGAUCUACCAACCUCAUUCUUUUUAUACUGUGUGCAUCUUCUCCUAGAGGACCAGCCCAUUGCAAAGAAAACUGACCACAUGCUGGAAAAAACUCAGAAAAAUGGUGAUUCACAAUGGAAUUUCAGAAAGAUCAGAGAGUUUGUAAUGAACUUGAUUCCCAGAAAGCACAACUUGGUAUUCGCAUUAAAGUCCUCGGUUUCAUUAGGCAUUGCUGUGUUACUUGGUUUGAUAUACAACAAGGAAAAUGGAUAUUGGUCAGGACUCACAAUCGCCAUCAGUUUCGUGACUGGACGGCAACCAACAUUCUCAGUUGCAAAUGCGCGAGGACAAGGAACAGCAAUGGGAUCAAUUUACGGGAUCCUUUGUUGGUUCAGUUUCAAAAGAUUUGUGGAUGUAAGGUUCUUACCUAUUUUACCAUGGGUCGUUUUCUGUUCUUAUCUUAGGCAUAGUAGAAUGUAUGGGCAAGCUGGUGGGAUUUCGGCAGUUAUAGGGGCCUUAUUAAUCCUUGGUAGGAAUCACUAUGGCUCUCCAAGUGAAUUUGCAGUUGCUAGAAUCACCGAGGCCACAAUAGGACUCAUUUGCUUCAUCAUCGUCGAGAUUCUUGCAAGUCCCUCGAGAGCUGCAACUCUAGCAAAAACUGAACUUUCUCAAAGCUUGAGAGCACUUCAAGAUUGCAUUGGCCAGAUUGCCAUUAUUACUCCCAGCAUUGGAGAGAUGCCAUCUUCGAGUUAUCAAGCAUUGAGAGAAGGACAGAAGAAGCUGAAAUCUCUUGUGUGUCAAUUAGAAAAGUUUACAGCAGAAGCUGAGUUGGAGCCAAAUUUCUGGUUCCUUCCAUUUCAUAGUGUCUGCUACAGUAGGAUGCUGGAAUCUCUAUCAAGGAUGGUAGAUCUCUUAUUUUUUAUGGCAUACUCAAUGGAACAUGUCACGCGGUUGUCACAGAAGGCUGGAGUGUUUGGGGUAGAUCUCCAAGAUCGAGUAAAUGAGAAUAUGGAGCAUUUUAAGAACAAAGUUGGCCUCACACUGAAAUGCCUUGAGGAAAUAACAAGGAUAAAGUCUCUUCGGGAAGUUGAAAAUGAGUUGAAGAAUAGAAAUGUUCCUUUCGAUACCGAGUUAGGAGAAUAUCCCAAUGCGGAUGCAUUUAGGAUCCUGAGUGGAGAUGAAGAGGUCAAUAGCAUUACAGGCUCUUUUGUCCAACUUCUGGAGGAGAUUGCUAACAAAACUCAUGCCAACAAAGAUGAAGAGAUGAUAAAAGGUCAAAUGGUUUUUCAUUGCAGUUGCUUGGGAUUCUGCACUAGUAGCUUGACGAGAGAAACAAUAAAGAUUCAGAGUGAGGUAAAAGAACUACUUAUAUGGGAGAAUCCCUCAAGUCAAACAAACUUCAAAAAUAUUUAUUGUAAGAUUAACGCUCUGCGUUCAUGUAAAUCAAGCACAGUGACUUAAAAGUGACCAUAAGAAGAGACGUAGCCCUAGGAAUUAACCAAUAAAAUGUAGAUGGUAUCUUCUAUAAAACCAUCCAAUUGAAAAAAAAUAAAUAAUA